AUGACUCCUCAACACAAGUAUAAACAGUCGCAUGCACCGGCGUCCACCCUACCGGUGUUCCAGCGCACCAGUAGCACGUUCCGGCUCUCGCGCACAUCCACCAACACAAAUGCAAACACAAAUUACGACACUUUGGACAACCAAAGUCUACGGACUCUCGAUCGAAUCCCUAGCAGCAAACCUAGCAUAACUUACCUGGACAAAUUAUGGACCCAAAUUGACGUUCUUGAUGACGUUAGAAAUAUGUCCGGGCAGGUACGGGACAAGGGCUCUUUUUUCAACGACAAGUUUAACGAAGAACUCAACAAAUUAAAACUACUGCAAGAGAAGCUCAUAGAAGUGAUGGCCAACCAACAGUUCAAAAACGUGAGUUUUGAAAAGCUGAAACAGCGGGUCAAGCCGGGUGCCCUGCACCUGGAGAGCGACAACAACAGCGAUGCUGAAGAAGAUGCUGACACGUCCAAGCAGAAACAACGUCAAGAUAAAUUCAAGGAUUUUUUUGGCCCCAAGAAAAGAGGUGGCUCUCACGUGGUGUACAAGAAACAAAACUUUGACGACAUGAACAGCUACAUUCACGACGUGCGACAGAGCCUAAAAGAAGUCAGUGAGUCCAUGAAGAAUUUUGAUAGCACCACUCGAGAUUUGUGGUAG